AUGAUGGAAAUUAGUGCAACGGCUGCAAAGAUCACUCACGGUCUCUUCCAGAAUACACAUCCCCUCAAAGCAAAAUGGAAUCGCAUUAAUGGAGUUGAGCUCCCAAGAUCAUCUCAUAGUGUCUCGGUCGUCGCAGGUCGAGCAUAUAUCUUCGGAGGUGAAAUCGAUCCACGCGAACCAGUCGACAAUGAUAUGCAUGUCAUCAUCCUUCCUUCUGGCACAGUCACCAGCGCCGACUAUCGAACUAUUGCUGCCAAGCCUACACAUAAUGGUGGUGAGGUUCCAGAAAAGAGAGUAGGACAUACAGCAGGAGUCAUCGGAGAACGAAUUUUUAUCUUUGGUGGAAGAGGUGGCCCAGAGAUGAAACCUCUUGAAGAAAACGGCAGAGUUUGGGUCUACGAUACUAGGACAGAUAAAUGGUCUUUCUUAGAUCCAGCUCCUGGCACGCCAUUCCCAGCUGCGCGAUCUUACCAUACGAGUGUUGCUAUCGAAAAACCUGAGCCAUCAAAUAUGAAGAGUGCAGACUUCGAUCAGGCUAUUGAUGAAACUAAAAUUGGCACAAUUGCAGAAGGUGCCCAGACAGACGAGGAGCAAGGUGGUCAUGGAACAUUCUUCAUCCACGCAGGAUGCCCAGUCUCUGGACGAACAAAUGAUCUCUGGGCAUUUGAUGUUCGAAGUCGUACAUGGAAGGAAUUUCCUUCUGCUCCAGGGAAACCCAGAGGUGGCACAUCACUCGCAGUUUCAAAGCAGAGGAUCUACCGAUAUGGCGGUUUCAAUGGCGAGGGUGAGGAAGGUGGCUAUCUUGACAUUUUAGAAUUGGCUCUUCAAACUUUCAACGACAAAUCUGGUUCGGGAGAGUUGGGAAUCACUCCGAAAGGAGAUUGGGAAACUUUGAACUUUGAAGAGGAGAGCAUGAAAUACCCCGGCAAUAGAAGUGUGGCCGGCAUGCAUACCAUCAAUACUGGUAUGGGCAGAGAAUAUUUGAUUCUCUUACUUGGUGAGAAAGAUCCAAGUAGCGAAGGUCAUGCUGGGGCUGGCAGGUUCUGGAGUGAUGUUUGGGCAUUUCAAUGUCCUCCCCAAGGCAUGACUGCGGCAAGUUUUAAGGAUGCUACCUGGCAAGCACUAGGUCGACAAACUGGUGAAGGUCUUUGGAGUCAAAUAGUUGUUUCGGACUCUGAGGGCGUCGAAGGUGAUGACGUUAGAAAGCUUGUUCCUGGCGAGCGUGGAUGGUUUGCAAGUUCGUCAAUGAGCGAUGUUGACUUCAGAGGUAUUCUCUUGUGGGGUGGUCUGAAUGGAAAGAAUGAACGUGAAGACAAUGGAUGGAUCUUAACAAUUGAAUGA